AUGUCGGAAAGGAAGCAGACACGAUCGCAACGAGCAGCGGCGCAGGCCAAGUCGGACGUGCAGUCAGUUGGCAAGCUCGGCGCGGAUGCCGCCAAAUCAGGAGCCUAUCUAUACCCAAUGUGAGCCUCGAGCAUGCCCGUAGCUUGCCUCUCCACACCUGUAUACUCAUCGCUGCCUUGCUUCACAUCCACCUCGCGUGAACUAGCUACGGCCUGAUCUACUUCCUCCGCAACCCAAAGUUGUUCAAUUCGGUCCGCGUCGCUCUAUACCGCGGUGUCAUGUGGUCCAUCUGUAUCACCGUAGGGAUGUUCAUCGUGACGUACUUGCCUCAAGUCGCCGUGCUGUCCGUCGUCUCGGGCCCUCUCGGUGAGUUCAUCGGCGUCAUAUCCAGCCGGCCCCGCGUGACGUGACGACGGCCGGGUGGCUAUCCAGUACUGUGGCAUCCGCUGACCCUGCAGUAAAACUCCUAUCGCAGCGUUCAUUGCAGCGGUUCCAAUCGUGCUCGCAGAAUCCUACGCAAUUACGAACGUCGUGCUGAAGAGCUUCUUACUCGCCGGCGCGACCGACAAGCUUUUCGAUGCGGUCCUCGUGAACAAGGGUCUCUCCUCGUUAGUAGAGCGAGGCCGAGAAGUCAACUCAACUCGCGGCGGAGGCGCUAUUCUCGGCAAAUCGCUGCUCAAACCGAUCUCGUCCAAGUUCUCGACCGAGGGCCUGGUCCGAUACGUGUUGACGCUGCCGCUCAACUUGGUCCCCGCGGUCGGAACGAUCUUUUUCCUCUUCUUCAACGGGUGGUCUUCGGGCCCUGCGGCUCUGAACCGCUACUUCCAACUCAAGGGCUUUGAUAAGCAAGAGAAGAAGGCGUUCGUCGACCAGCACCACCCCGGAUUGACCUCGCUUGGAGCCGCUCAGCUCGCUCUCGGCCUUGUUCCCAUCGCCGGCACGAUCUUCGCGUUCUCGAACGCGGUGGGGGCUGCCUUGUACGCCGCCGACCUCGAGAAGAAGUCAUCGGAGGGGGGAGAAGCCGGUGGAAAGGAUACGCAACAAGUCGAUCUCGGCAACCACGACGAGUUGUGA